AGUGUGAUAUUUGUUUGUUCCUUGUGUUUGCAUGAAUUAGUUUCGGAGAGUGCAAGGAGGAAAAGAGAUGUUGAGAUCCCUGCAAUUUCAAGCUUCAACUUCAAAACCACCGAUUUCUCUAAGCUUGAAGAAUCCUUUCCCCAAUCAUUCACAACGUACCCUUUCUUUUACUACUAAACCCCUCGCUCUUCCCCAAUCCCUCUCUUCUUCUUCUUUCAUCCCACACUCACCUCAACCGUCACAUUACAUCUCCACCGUUGGAUCUUCAUCGCCUCAUCUGUUUCAUUGGAACCUCCCCCAACGCCACCUCAUUCUUCUCCAAGCUCUUGCCGUCGUGACAGCGAUAUGUACAACGUGGCUAUUUUGUUCUGCAAUUCCCACUCUUCUGGCUUUCAAGAGAGCAGCGGAAUCACUUGAAAAGCUUAUGGAUACAGCAAGAGAGGAACUUCCUGAUACAAUGGCUGCAAUUCGAUUAUCUGGCAUGGAAAUCAGUGACUUAACCACUCAACUCAGUGAUCUUGGCCAAGAAAUUACCCAAGGAGUUAAAAGAUCCACUCGCGUGGUUCGCUCCGCGGAGCAGGGGCUUCGCCUUUUAACCACCAUGCCUUCUUCAUCUUCAGCUUCAUUGCAGGGAAUCGAACAACGUCCCAAAACUGAGCCUGACUCGGGUGCACUUGCGGCGGCAAGAACCGCAAGAGGCGCGAGAGAGGGAAUUAUUAAGGGUCGUUCUAUGUUGAAGAUGUUUUUCUCCCUUGCUCAAUUCUCAAGUUUCGCUCUCAAGUUCAUUACUGAACGUGGAAAAAGGUAGAGGCCAGAGAAGUUUCUAGAUUUCUUCGUUGUUAGCAGUAUCAACGUUCUCUUCUCUAUUGGUAUAUGAUCUUCAAUUCAUUUUUAUGGAUGUGUUGGUUGUGUACUUUUGAUAUUUUUCUCUUGUUACAUAUUGCAAUAGAGAUGUUUCCCCUUAGAUGAGGCUAUUGUGUCUAUUGAAUCGAUGAUGUGUAUGGAAAUAUCUAAUAGGAACAUCAGAUUGAGUGCAUUUCUUACUCUAAAUUACCUUGAUACUUGGAUCUGUUGUUUCAAACUGUGUACGGUAAAUGCAAUAACGUGAUUAUGAAAAUAUAAGAUGGAAAAAAUUGAAGUUAUAAAA